AUGGCGGUGAACUCCCUGGAUCAGCCGAGUGCCGUCGACUCUCAUGCGUUCUACCGUGGCUGGCAGCCAUUACCUCGUGGAAAGGCAGACUGUGAAAGCAUGACUGGGGCCGACUUGUCUACCAUUUCCCUUGCCGACGUAGAGGUUGCCCCAGAUAUCCCGGUCCGAUACGAGGAGAGGAUCCUGGCCGACUGCACCUUGCCACUGCCCCGUCCGCAGGCGGUUCAUCAAGGUUGGGAACCUUCCAGCGUGUCCACCGCCAAGUGCGACAUGUGCCACAGACAGCGAUGCGGCACAAUACAAAAGUGUUCCGUCUGCAAGCUGUCCGUUUGCAAGGAGUGUGCGUUUGCGGCCCGUCUGCACGAUGACGCCAGGCACAGGCUGGACCCGGUGUCUCUAGAUUGGGACCCGGAACCAUUGCGCAGCGGUCGGCAGAGAGAAAGAAUGGCAAGAAGAAGACCGCAACGUGGCACGCGCGGAAGGCACAAGCUUCGGGACCGCGUCCAUGCUCGCAACUGUGGAAGCGGUCCGGCGUGCGGUACCCAGACCCAGCCUGUCACGCCGUCUGCAGCCUCGUCGGACAUCAUCACGCUCGCGCCCACAGUUUGCCUUUCCACUCAAAGCACAUUGCCGAGCGUGGAUGGAGGCUCGGCAUAUGACUGUAUCGAGCCGGAUUUGCCAGCGAGAGAAGAGGAAGGCAGGGAGGGAACCCGGAACCAAGAGAGGAGAAAUGGUCGGAGCCCUAGCUACACGCCGUCGACGGAAGUCCAUAACGUUGCAAAGAUCCUGGCAGAGAUGCCCAACAGCGACCAUGGACUGGUCAAGCGCCAAAGGCUGGCCGAUCAGUACAGCCCCGGCAACCGAACGAAUUCUGGUCUCCAGCCACGGGAGAAUCCUCAUGACGGCGACCGUUCGCCGCUGGACGAUCCGAUCCUGCCGCGCCUGCCAUGCCCGUCUGAGAUAUCGCAACAGCCACGCUGCCCAAUAUACGGUCCAGCACCGACCGCAUACCCGGGCCUUCCACCUUGCUCGCACAGAAGCUCGUUCCCCACCAGCGGCUAUCAAUCUCCAGGACCUUUGUCGAACCACGGGCAGAACCCGCCUGCAUCCGCUUGCCGCUGCGACCAGUGCACGCCAACGACUCCUCGAGGUCAGGACGGUCACGACCGCGGCCCCCAGAAUUUUGACUCUUGUCUGCAGAACCAAACCCCGAUUUCCCUUGACCCCGUGGCCUUGCGUGAACGGGCAUCCGCGGCCGGCCCGCAAAGGGGCCCGGAAGUGACGAAUAGCGGACUCCCGCAUGUGCCACUCCCGUACCAUGGAUAUGACGGACAUGAUCUGCCAUGCGAGAAUACAAGUCGUUCUAACUGA